GGGAGAGAGGGAGUGACACCCCACCCACACCUGACAGGUGUUUUUUGCCAAGUGUGGGCCCUGGCCAGAGUCCCAGGCCAAAGUCCCAGGCCCAGGCCUGUGGACAGCCAAGAUGGCGGACCUGGAGGCCGUGUUGGCGGAUGUCAGCUACCUCAUGGCCAUGGAGAAAAGCAAGAGUUCACCUGCCGCUCGCGCGAGCAAGAAGAUCACCCUCCCCGAGCCCAGUAUCCGCAGUGUGAUGCAGAAGUAUUUGGAGGAGAGAGGUGAAUUAACCUUUGACAAGAUUUUUAGUCAGAAGAUUGGGUUUCUGCUCUUCAAAGAGUUAUGCCAAAUGAACAUGGAGGAAGGGGUUCCUCAGCUGAAGUUCUAUGAAGAGAUUAAAGAAUAUGAAAAACUGGACUCGGAGGAGGAUCGUCUCAGCAGGAGCCGGCAGAUCUAUGACACCUACAUAAUGAAAGAGCUGCUCUCCUGCUCACACCCUUUUUCGAAGCCAACAGUUGAUCACGUGCAAACUCAUCUUGCCAAGAAGCAGGUCCCACCAACCCUUUUUCAGCCCUAUAUAGAAGAAAUUUGUGACAGCCUCAGAGGAAAAACCUUCCAAAUGUUUCUAGAAAGUGAUAAGUUUACUAGAUUUUGUCAGUGGAAAAAUGUAGAGCUAAACAUUCAUCUGACCAUGAAUGACUUCAGUGUCCACCGGAUCAUUGGGCGAGGAGGCUUCGGAGAGGUUUAUGGCUGCCGGAAAGCAGACACAGGGAAGAUGUAUGCAAUGAAAUGCUUGGAUAAGAAGAGGAUCAAGAUGAAGCAAGGGGAAACUCUAGCCUUGAAUGAAAGGAUCAUGCUGUCCCUUGUCAGUACAGGCGACUGCCCUUUCAUUGUGUGCAUGACUUACGCCUUCCACACCCCUGACAAGCUGUGCUUCAUUCUGGACCUGAUGAACGGUGGAGAUCUUCACUACCACCUCUCGCAGCAUGGAGUGUUUUCGGAGAAGGAGAUGCGUUUUUACGCCACUGAGAUCAUCCUUGGGCUCGAGCACAUGCACAAUCGCUUUGUGGUCUAUAGAGACUUGAAGCCAGCAAAUAUCCUCUUGGAUGAACACGGCCACGUGAGGAUUUCCGACCUGGGGCUGGCUUGCGAUUUCUCCAAAAAGAAGCCUCAUGCCAGCGUGCACAGCCCUUUCAGGCAGCACAAGACCAAAGACAAGCAUGAGAUUGACCGCAUGACACUCACUGUGAAUGUGGAAUUACCAGAGUCAUUUUCCCCUGAACUCAAGUCUGUUUUGGAAGGUCUUCUCCAGCGAGACGUGAGCAAGAGGCUUGGCUGCCAGGGUAGUGGGGCACAGGAAGUGAAGGAGCACCCCUUCUUCAAAGGCAUUGACUGGCAGUACGUCUACUUGCAAAAGUACACGCCGCCUCUGAUUCCUCCGCGGGGAGAAGUAAAUGCAGCGGAUGCUUUUGACAUUGGCUCCUUCGAUGAGGAAGACACAAAAGGCAUCAAGUUGCUUGAUAGUGACCAAGAACUGUACAAGAACUUUCCCCUGGUCAUCUCGGAGCGCUGGCAACAAGAAGUGGCAGAAACGGUUUAUGAUGCAGUGAACAGUGACACAGACAAGAUCGAAGCGAGGAAGCGAGUGAAGAACAAGCAACUGGGGCACGAGGAAGACUAUGCUCUGGGGAAGGACUGCAUCAUGCACGGGUACAUGCUGAAGCUGGGGAACCCCUUCCUGACUCAGUGGCAGAGACGCUAUUUUUACCUCUUUCCAAACCGGCUUGAAUGGCGUGGAGAAGGAGAGUCACGAGACACCUGGCGCACUUACACAAAAAGACGCAAGCGGCAAAAUUUGCUGACUAUGGAACAAAUUUUGUCGGUGGAAGAAACUCAGAUCAAGGACAAAAAAUGCAUCUUACUCAGAAUUAAAGGGGGGAAGCAGUUUGUCCUGCAGUGUGAGAGUGACCCAGAGUUUGUACAAUGGAAGAAGGAACUGACCGAAACGUUCACAGAAGCACAGCGGCUCUUACGGCGGGCACCCAAGUUCCUGAAUAAAUCCCGCUCUGCAGUUGUGGAGCUCUCCAAGCCCCCCCUCAGCCACAGGAGCAGCAAUGGCAUUUAGAACCCAGGCAAGGAAAGGCUGUGCCAUUGCAGGGGAUGUCUGUCUGUCUGUCUGUCGCUGCAUCACUGUUAGUACCUUGCCCACUCCCCGGAGUUGGGUGAAGGGCUCAAGGGCAAGUGCUGAGCUCAGAGAAUAGUGGCACAGGGACCAAGGCCUCGGAGAAGGCUGAUGCAGCAACCAGGGGGUGGGGAGGGGAGUUGUUGUCAACAAAGGAGCAGACAAAAGGAGUGUCUUGCACUCACAGGCAAGCCUCCAAAAAUGUUGCUUAUUUGCAAUAAACCUCUUCAGGUGCAUACUGUAGACUUGCCAUCUGAAAGGGCAACUACCUGA